AUGGUUAAUUUCACCGUCGACGAGGUCCGGGCCCUCAUGGACAAGCCCUCCAACGUCCGUAACAUGUCCGUCAUUGCCCACGUCGAUCACGGCAAGUCUACCCUUACCGAUUCCCUUCUCGCCAAGGCCGGUAUCAUCUCCACCGCUAAGGCUGGUGAUGCCCGUGCCACCGACACCCGUGCCGACGAGCAGGAGCGUGGUAUUACCAUCAAGUCCACUGCCAUCUCCCUGUACGGUCAUCUCGAAGACCCCGAGGACAUUAAGGACAUUGUUGGCCAGAAGACUGACGGUCAGGAUUUCCUGAUCAACCUCAUUGACUCCCCCGGUCACGUUGAUUUCUCUUCUGAAGUCACUGCUGCCCUCCGUGUCACUGACGGUGCUCUCGUCGUCGUCGACACCGUCGAGGGUGUCUGCGUCCAGACCGAGACUGUCCUGCGUCAGGCUCUUGGUGAGCGUAUUAAGCCCGUUGUUGUCAUCAACAAGGUCGACCGCGCUCUUCUUGAGCUUCAGGUCUCCAAGGAGGAUCUCUACCAGACCUUCUCUCGUACCAUCGAGUCCGUCAACGUCGUCAUCUCCACCUACUUCGACAAGUCUCUCGGUGACGUCCAAGUCUACCCCUACAAGGGUACCGUUGCUUUCGGUUCCGGUCUGCACGGCUGGGCCUUCACCGUCCGUCAGUUCGCUGUCCGCUACGCCAAGAAGUUCGGUGUCGACAAGAACAAGAUGAUGGAGCGUCUCUGGGGCGACAACUACUUCAACCCCCACACCAAGAAGUGGACCAAGAACGGCACCCACGAGGGCAAGCCUCUUGAGCGUGCUUUCAACCAGUUCAUUCUGGACCCCAUCUUCAAGAUCUUCCACGCUGUCAUGAACUUCAAGACCGAUGAGAUUAACACUCUCCUCGAGAAGCUUCAGCUCAAGCUCAGCCCCGACGAUCGCGCCAAGGACGGCAAGCAGCUCCUCAAGGCUGUUCUCCGUACUUUCCUCCCCGCUGCCGACUGUCUUCUGGAGAUGAUGAUCCUCCACCUUCCCUCUCCCAUCACUGCUCAGAAGUACCGUGCUGAGACUCUUUACGAGGGUCCCAUGGAGGACGAGGCCGCCAUCGGUAUCCGUGACUGCGACCCCAAGGGUCCUCUCAUGCUCUACGUCUCCAAGAUGGUCCCCACCUCUGAUAAGGGCCGUUUCUACGCCUUCGGUCGUGUCUUCUCCGGUACCGUCCGUUCCGGCCUCAAGGUCCGCAUCCAGGGCCCCAACUACACCCCUGGCAAGAAGGACGAUCUCUUCAUCAAGGCUAUCCAGCGUACCGUUCUCAUGAUGGGUGGCAAGGUCGAGCCCAUUGAUGACAUGCCUGCCGGUAACAUUGUCGGUCUGGUCGGUGUUGAUCAGUUCCUUCUCAAGUCCGGUACCAUCACCACCUCCGAGACUGCCCACAACAUGCGCGUCAUGAAGUUCUCCGUCUCCCCCGUCGUCCAGCGUUCCGUCAAGGUCAAGAACGGCCAGGAUCUCCCCAAGCUUGUCGAAGGUCUCAAGCGUCUUUCCAAGUCUGAUCCUUGCGUUCUGACCAUGACCAACGAGUCUGGUGAGCACGUCGUCGCCGGUGCCGGUGAGCUGCAUCUCGAGAUUUGCUUGAAGGAUCUCGAGGAGGACCACGCUGGUGUUCCCCUCAUCAUUUCCGACCCCGUCGUCCAGUACCGUGAGACCGUCGCUGGCAAGUCUAGCAUGACUGCUCUGUCCAAGUCUCCCAACAAGCACAACCGUAUCUACAUGACUGCGGAGCCCAUUGACGAGGAGCUCUCCCUCGCCAUCGAGUCCGGCAAGGUCGCUCCCCGUGACGAUUUCAAGGCCCGUGCCCGUGUCCUUGCUGACGACUUCGGCUGGGAUAUCACCGAUGGUCAGAAGAUUUGGUGCUUCGGUCCCGACGGCAACGGUGCCAACUUGCUUGUUGACCAGACCCGUGCUGUCCAGUACCUCAACGAAAUCAAGGACUCUGUCGUGUCCGGUUUCCAGUGGGCUUCCCGUGAGGGUCCCAUUGCUGAGGAGCCCAUGCGCUCUAUCCGCUUCAACAUCCUCGAUGUUACCCUGCACGCUGAUGCCAUUCACCGUGGUGCCGGUCAGAUCAUGCCCACUACCCGCCGUGUCCUCUACGCCUCGGCCCUUCUUGCUGAGCCCGCUCUUCUCGAGCCUGUCUACCUUGUCGAGAUUCAGGUUCCCGAGCAGGCCAUGGGUGGUGUCUAUGGUGUCCUGACCCGCCGUCGUGGUCACGUCUUCAACGAGGAGCAGCGCCCUGGUACCCCUCUGUUCAACAUCAAGGCCUACCUCCCCAUUCUGGAGUCCUUCGGUUUCAACGCCGAUCUGCGCCAGGCUACCUCUGGCCAGGCCUUCCCUCAGUCCGUCUUCGAUCACUGGCAGGUGCUGCCCGGUGGCUCUCCCCUCGAUGCCGGCUCCAAGGUUGGAGCGCUUGUCACUGAGACCCGUAAGCGCAAGGGUAUCAAGAUUGAGAUUCCCGGCUACGAGAACUACUAUGACAAGCUGUAA